AUUAUUUAGGUACUAUUUUUGUUGUUUCAUGUUUGAUUAUAAGUGUCAAAUUGGUCACAGUCAUACAAAAGCACUGAAUUAGUUAUAUUAUUCUGCUCGUAAAUCAGCAUAUAACCUAAUAAUAUGAAGAGCACACUCCUUUGGGUUAUAACGCAGUGUGGUUCGGUAGAAGUCCACUAACGCUUUGGACUUCCACCAACUAUGGUGACACAAUCCCAGAAGAUCGCACUUUUCAUAGUCACCGGUGUGAGAAACCCAAAGCCUACAUAAGAAUGGAUUCGCUGAAGGAUGACUGGGAAGUAUGACAACAGCGAAGGCUGUUAGAACAAAUAUCGUCCUUGCAGGAAAUUAUAUGCGUCCUGCAGAGUGAAAGAUUUCAACACAUGUAUCUACCGGUAAACCAUGAAGAUGAUAAUAACUGGUGCCAAGUAGCAAGAGGAAAGUCAAGAAAAAGUAAAAAAGUGGCUCAGCAUUCUUCAGUUUCAACGAGUAACAGAUUUAACACACUCAAUGAAGUUGCUGAUGAGACUGAACAGAGGGAAGAAUUAAGUCGCCCAAAGAAUGCUGAGCGACGAAGAGAAAAAAUCCCUUAAAGGGAUUCUAGUCCUGCUGUCGCAUCAAGAACUUCAAUCGUUGUCACAGACGGUGACAAAUAAUAUGAUUCUACCUCUUACCACAGAAGAAGCCAUCGAUGCUAUUCUUCUGCAUUCACCUACUCCCGAAUCUCUGCUCCUACGAAAGAGAAUAUCAAAAAAUAUUCUCUUUCGGUAUCUGCACAGUAAAAAGGUCCCCAUAGUCCCAACCGAUAAACGGACUAUGAUCAAUAAGAUUCUUCAGAUGUGGGGCUGUACUGUGCAUGAUAAUGAGUCAACACCAGUACCAGUGCCUGAGCAGGAGUCCGAACCAAAAUCUGACAUGAAAGUGUGUGAGGUUGAUGAGCUGGCUCGUCAAUUUACACAUUGGUUUUAUUCAAUGCUGAACCAGCAUGAUGUGUACCAUCAGGACACACAGCUAGGAGUUGAGCAUUUCUGGAAAGACUGUAAUAUGCAGUUGGUUUUAAAUUCCGAAAUGGGUUGUUCUAAAACUGAAGUGCAAAGAAGUGCAGCUGAUGUUGUGCAACUAAUCUGUGCUACUAGAACCCAGCAUAACUUAUAUUUCAAUCCAAAUUUGUCACAUGAAGGUGUCCAAGGGAAGACUGAACAUCAUGGUUUAGUGAUGGUUCUGGCAUGUGGCACACUCCAUCAGCAGGACAGAUGUGUUGGAAUAUUUGAACAGUUGUUUGGUCUUAUAAGGGAUCCCUUGGCUUGUAACAACUGGAAAAUUAAAUAUACAGAACUAAACCUGACAAGUAAUAGUGCUGUUACCAGUUUACCUACUCUGGCUGAAGGAAGUCUUUUAAAGAGUAUACCAUCUGUGCCUAAUUCCAUUCAGUCAGCGUAGCAUUAAUACUUAAAACUCUGAUAUGUUGUUUACAUGAAUUGUUCUGUAAUGUUAUAGAAACUUGAUGAUGCUAACACUAGGAACUCUAAUAAAUUUAUAGUAUCAUAGAUGAUUUCGUAGGCAGAGCCAUGACUGAUUUCCAGAUGAUUUUCCAUUAGAUCAAUAGUCACUUGCCUCUCUAACAGACAUGAAGCAUGAAGACUCUGAUACUUUGUUUACAUGAAUUCUUGUGUAAUGUCAUAGAAAUUUUACUUUCCUUUGCCAAAUUUAUAGUAUCAUUUAGUUCCACUUCAAAUGCAUGCAUGAAACAUGGUCCUGCACACUUCUCUGAACUAUAGAUGUUCUCAGUUCCACACUGUACAUUACAGAUAUGUUAUCUCCAUAGGAAAAUGAGUAUUAUGCACCAGCAGUCAGGGGGAACACAAAAUUCCCUUUAGGGCUUUAUAUGGGCCUUCUUUCAGCAAGACAGGAGGAGAAUGACCACUAAUCAUGCACCAGUUUCAAACAAAACUUUAACUUUAAUCACAAUCCAAUCACCACUUAAUUACAAUUUUCUAGACCCACCUCCAGCUAUUGCCAAGGUCAAGAAAAUGUGGAUCUAUACAUCCACUCCCCCAUACACUUUCAUGGCAUAGUGCUUAAUUAGUUAAGCACAGGGACAACUUUCCCCCCCCCCCCCCCUAGACACUAUCAGUCCUCUAUAGGCUGAUUUUCUAGAGUAACAAGGAUUACAAUCUCUUUAUACUGAUAUUGGAAGAGCGACACUUUUUUGUGUCUGGUGAGUCCAGAGGUUAGUUACUGACUUCCUUGUUCUUUAAAAUGCUACCAUGACAUAAUUAGCAGCUAGCUCUAGUUCUGAUUGGCUCUUAAUCCUCAGAAAAUCCCCAGGAUGAGAGCACCAGCCAGUCAAACAAAUAUUAAUGCUGCAUUAUAUCACCUAAACCUUCCAGAAUAUUAUGCUCGUAU